CUAAUCGUUGAAUCCAUGCAUUUACAUAUCGAUGCAGUUUUAACAUAAUUAUUAAUUAAAAAAAGUCAGUUAGAAUAAUUCAUUAAUUAUUUGCCGCACUUUUCAAAGUUAAAAGCAUUAAUAUUUAAAAAAAGUGUUAGUGCGCAUUUAUGAAGUUUCCGUUUAUCAUAGCCGGAUCUAUGCUACGUAAUCUUUUGAAACAAUUCGUGUAUUGACGAAGUAAUGAGUUUAAUAGAAUUACAUGUUUUUUAACAAAGUACAGAUUUGGAUUUAAUGACAUAAAUUGUUGGAAUAAUUUUAGGAGAUGUGGAAUAUAACAUUGUUAAAUGUGUUUAUUUAACGCAUUUUGACAUGAUUGAUGAAUUGGUGAAAUGAUGAUUUUUCAUAUGGAUUGACAAUUAAGAUUUACACGUAUUUUAAUUUCUACCGCAGCUAUUGUAUACUAUUAUCAUGACGAGUGUCGUUCCACUCACUGAUAAACAACUUCACCAGUUGAGCAUCUCUAUAGGAAAAGCUGUAAAUCCUACAGAAACACCUGUAAAAGAAAAACAUGUACGAAGUGCUAUUAUAGGUACACAUCAAGAAAAAGGUGGAAUGGUAUUUUGGCUGUAUAUGUUACGACAGCCAUUACAAGAGAAUCAAAUUGUCGCGUGGAAAUUUUGUCAUGUGCUGCACAAAAUAUUGCGAGAAGGUCAUGAAAAAGUGAUUCCGGAUUCCCAAAGAUAUCGCGGAAGAUUGGAAGAUCUUGGAAAAUUAUGGCAACAUUUGCGGGAAGGAUAUGGUCCAUUAAUUCAAUUGUAUAUAAGAUUACUGAUCACAAAGUUAGAUUUUCAUAAGAGAAAUCCACGUAUACCCGGAAAUCUUCAAGUAACAUCAGAGGAACUUAAAUCAAUCGGAGAAAAUGAUAUCAAUAUUUACUUCCAAAUGUCGGUUGAAAUGUUUGAUUACAUGGAUGAUAUUUUGAAUUUACAACGUGCAGUUACUACUUCUUUGAAGAAUACACCCUCAAAUUCCAUGACUGUCAGUGGACAGUGUCGGCUGGCUCCGCUAAUUCCAUGCGUUUUAGACGCAUCACAGCUUUAUGAUUAUUGUGUAAAAAUUCUAUUUAAACUUCAUAACACUUUACCUGCGGAUACCUUAGCUGGACAUCGCGAUAGAUUUUCUAAACAGUUCCAAGAAUUAAAAAGGUUUUAUAAUACUGUUAAACAAAGACAGUAUUUUAAACAUCUUAUAACAAUUCCUACGUUACCUGAGAACCCACCAAACUUUUUAGUACAAUCUGAAUUACGAACUUAUGUUACACCAAUAGUAGUUUUACCACCAGAAGAAUCUUUAGACUCUGAAGUUGUUGUUGAUAGUCUUAUUGAUACUUCUGAUACCAAUUCAUUACCAGGUGAUCAGUUAGAUUCUACGCGUAAUGGUUCGAUUUCACCUGAUGCAAUAGCAGAAAGAGAAAGUCUCAUCGAUCAUUUGCAGCAAGAAAACAAUCAUCAAAGACAAGAAUUACAUCGUGUAUUAACUGAUCAUCAACGAAUUGUUGAAGAACUUCAAAUUCAUGUUACUCAAUUGAAAUCGGAUUUACUUGUUAAGUGUAAUGAAAUUGAACAAGAAAAGCAAAUUAAUCAAGAUUUUAUUAAACAAAAAGCAGAUAUGAUGAUGAAAGUUCAUGAAAGUGAAGAAAAGUAUAAGAUUUUGCAAGAAAAAUUUCAAAAAUUAAAAGAUGCAUAUGCAAAAUUUAGAGAUGAACAUAUCAAUUUAAUUAGAAAGAAAGUUGAAGUAGAUAAGCAAUUAGGAAUGUUGAAAAUGUCACAAGAACAAUCUGAGCGACGAACAACUGAAGCAGAACGUCGACUUGAAGAAUUAAUACAAGGCCAAACUAUAACAGAACAAGAAAGAAAAAAAACCGUUGAAGCUCAACACGAUUUGGAUGAUGUAAAACAACAAUUAAAUGACGCGAAAACUGAAAACUUGGCUUUGAUUGCCAAAAAUGAUUUUAUAACUUCUGAAAAAAUGGCUUUAGAAGGGGAUAUACACGAUUUAUUAGCACAGAAAGAAGAAUUAGAUUUAAAAAUUGAAAAAUUAGAAGUUGAAGUUGAACGAUGUCGUAGUGAAAUGAAUACAUAUGCUGAUACCACAUUGCAUGAAUUGUUAUUAAAUUGUAUUUUCAAAGCUGAAGAUAUUAUGCAGUAUUCAUUGAGUACUAUUGACAAUCCUGCAAUGUCAGAUUUAACUUGUACACCUCAAUAUCUUGAAAAAUUAGAAGAUCCGAUUUUGAAAUCAUUAGAUGCUUUAGAUGCUGCAUACACUGGCUAUGUAUGUGAUACAACAAAUGGAAAAGUGUUAAUUAAAAAUGCAAUACAUGUUGCAUAUAUUUUAGGACUUUAUAUUAUUCAUGCUAAAUCUACAUCCAAUACAUCUAUUGAUAUUGCGUUAGGUGACAAAUUCACUGAUGAAUGUAAACAGUUAGGAUUACAAUCAUUAUCUAUGUUUAAUCACAUAAGAGAUAAAUCACCAGUGACUAUGGGUCAAAUCAAUGAAGUAAAACAACACUUCAAGAAAGUAUGCGAAAUUGCUAUUACAUUAUCUACUAUACAAGGCAAUGUUGAAGUUAUCGGCAGUUUGGUAGAAACGGAAUUAUUAAGCAUGGAUAAAGCAAUAGAAGAAGCUGCAAAUAGAAUACAAGAUAUGUUGGAGAAAUCUCGUGCAGCGGAUUCAGGUUUAAAAUUAGAAGUAAAUGGGAAAAUUCUAGAUUCAUGUACAGAAUUAAUGAAAUGUAUAAGAAAAUUAGUUAAAAAAUCACGAUUGUUGCAAGCAGAAAUUGUAGAACAAGGAAAAGGCACUGCCUCUGCAACGGAAUUUUAUAAACGUAACCAUCAAUGGUCUGAAGGACUUAUAUCAGCAGCAAAAGCAGUUGCAAUGGGUGCUAAUCUCUUGUUAGAAGCUGCUGAUAAAGUUGUUGCUGGAAAUGGUAAAUUUGAACAAUUAGUAGUUGCAUCGCAAGGGAUUGCUGCAUCUACAGCACAACUAGUAGUUGCAAGUAGAGUAAAAGCUAGUAGAAAUAGUAAUAAUUUAACUGCUCUUUCUGAAGCAUCAAGAGAUGUCACGCAAGCAACAGGAAGUGUUGUUGCAACUGCUAAAAACUGUAGUCAACUUAUUGAAGAAAAUGAUGAUUUAGAUAUUUCUGGAUUACGUUUACAUCAAGCUAAACGACUAGAAAUGGAAGCACAAGUACGUGUAUUGGAAUUGGAACAAGCAUUGGAGACUGAAAGAUUACGCUUAGCCGCUUUACGACGUUAUCAUUAUCAACUUGAAGGCGAAAAAGAAUAAUGAGGCAUGGACCUUAUAUGCGUUCGAUCGAUGACAUCCCUUCCAUGAGUUAUAGUUUGACAGUGGAUUUGCAGACUUUUCGGAGUCGGCGCGAUGAUGGUUUCCUAUAAAGCGCCCUCGCUGGAUACAAUUGUACCCUCCACGAUAUCUAUCAGAAUACUACGAAGACUUGGUGUGCAAUCAUCCGUUCGUUUUACUUUUUUUUCGUAAAAGCUACAAUUCUUCUUAUACUGCCAUCGUUGAUACCAAAAGGGUUAAUUCAUAAGG